CAGGCGCAAUACAGACUGCUCGGUGGCGAGCUGCACGCGCGCAGCCUGGGGAUGCUGGAGCUGGUGCGAUGGCUCCCGCCAUGCAGUCGGCCGAGCUCCAGUUCGCUCAGCGGCUGGCCUCCAGCGAGAAGGGUGUCCGCGACCGCGCAGUGAGGAAGCUGCGGCAGUAUCUCAGCGCGAGGACGCAGAGCGACACAGGUUUCAGUCAGGACGAACUCCUAAAAAUAUGGAGAGGACUCUUCUACUGCAUGUGGGUUCAGGACGAACCCCUUCUGCAGGAGGAGCUAGCGAACAUUAUUUCCCAACUCAUCCAUGUUGUUCACAGCUCAGAGGCUCAACACCUGUUCCUUCAGACCUUCUGGCAAACCAUGAACCGAGAGUGGGAAGAGACAACAGACGAGCUGCAGCUGGACAAGUACUGCAUGCUGAUCCGCCUGGUCCUGAGGCAGUCCUUUGAAGUUCUCAAGCGGAAGGCCUGGGAAGAAAGCCAAAUCAAACUUUUCCUGGACGUCCUGACAAAGGAGAUCCUGAGUCCCGAGAGUCAGUCUUCCGACGGAGUGAGGAACCACUUGAUUGAUGCCUAUUUGGAUGAGCUUUCCAUUGUGGGAGGGAGAGAGCUUUUAGCGCAUCAGAACCUCAAGCUAAUUGAUCCAUUCUGCAGAAUUGCCGCCAAAACUAAGGACCACGCACUGGUACAGACUAUAGCUAGGGAUGUUUUUGAAGUCAUUAUAGAUCAGUCUGCUUUUGUACCUGAAGAGACUGUGGAGGAGCAGAGAACCAAAGUGGGUGACAGUGGCCUCUCUGCCCGAGAGACCCCUGCAGACAAGCUGGCCUGUACAAAAGCAGUCUGCGGGAAGAAGGCUGCACUGGGUGAAUGCCUCGGAGAUGGAGCCCUUGGCAACAGAGAAAGAGACAGCUGGGCAGCAUUCAAGAAUUCAGGGUCAUCUCUCCAGUUUGACUUAAAGGCUGUUGCUGAUCGACUCUUAGAAGUAGCCAACUCAAAGAGCACCCCUCCCUUCAACCGGAAGCGGCUCUUCAGACUGAUCAGAAAGUUCCAGAACCCCUCUGAAGGCAAUAGUGCUCAACUCAGUUUUGCUCAGGACAUUAGUGCUGAUGAAAAUGGUCAAGCCCUAAGUCAGAGGAAGCACAAGAAGAAAAGAAAGAAGCUUUUAGAGAGAGCCGCCUUGGACAAGGAGAAAGGAAACAUAGUCUCUCUUGAUGGUGAAGAGGACAAUGGAGGCAACAUUCCCAAGAAGAAAAGGAAAAAGAAGAAGAAGAGCCACUUCCAGGCUGAGACUCAGGACCUGGGUGCUGUUAUCAUGCCACCAGCAGAGAGUACUGACCUUGAGCCCAACAAUGCCAAGAGGCAGACCCCACAGGCGUGUGUGACUGGGCCUGCAGCAGAGCCCACAGCUAGCAUCAAAGAGAACAGCUCCGAGCCAACACCCAUCUUUCCCACGCACAAGAAAAGGAAGCGGCCAAGAAAGAAGAGCCUGAGGGCCCACAGAGAGCUUUGGAAAUCUAUCCCUUUGUCUCAGGAGGAUGUAGCAGAGAAUGAUCCUAGCAAUGACCGGCCCCAGAGCUCUGCUGCCCAAGUUUCUUCCUCAGAAGGUGUCCAACGGAAGAGGAAACGGAAACUCAGGGCUGUCCCUGUCAACAGUGGUGGCUUGACUGUACAGAAGGCAGGCACCCCAACAAGCCCUAGCGAAGAGAAAGAUAGCCAGACCACCCUGCCCCAGUGCAAGAGGCCACAGAAGAAGACAGUGUCCUGCAGUCUUGACCUCCAUGAUCUGUCCAGUCAAAAAUCAGCAAUCUUAAAAAAGAGGAAGAAAAUGAAGCUGAUGUCAAAGUUGGUGGAACACAACGGAGUGACUGAGUCCAGCGCCGGGCAGAUCCCAGCUCUGCUAAGGGGGGAGUGCCCAGAACGUGGUGCUGGGCUUGACCAGGAAAGCAACAGGAAUCUGAAAAAGCCGCUGAAAAUGGAGGAUGACUUUGUGAAGUUUGACACCCACUUCUUACCAAAGCCCCUGUUCUUCAGGAAAGCAAAGAGCAGCUCUGCCAUCCGUCCCCAAAGUCCUGCUGUCCAGCUGAAUAAAACACCCUCCAGCUCCAAGAAAGUCACCUUUGGAUUGAAUAGAAACAUGACUGCAGAAUUUAAGAAGACAGACAAGAGUAUCCUGGUCAGCCCCACAGGCCUCUCCAGAGUGGCUUUUAACCCUGAGCAGAGGCCACUGCACGGAGUGCUGAAGACGCCAACCAGCUCCCCCGCCAGCACUCCUAUGUCAACCAUGAAGCUACCAGCCACCACUCCGAAAAGAAGGCCAAGGGCUGCGGACUUUUUCUGAGAGCCAGCAUCCCUUUUUAAAGACUGCUUUUAUACUGGAUAUUCUAUAAAUUAUAACUUUUAAAUGUGGGCUUUUUAAUUAUUUUACAAAUCCCCGUGAACGGGGCGAAUGUUCCAGGCCUGAGCUGCUGUCCCUGUCCCUCCUUGCCUGAGGUGCAGGCCAUGGUUCUGGUCUGAGUCCAUGCACACUCAAGAGGAGGACUAAGUGAUGUGGGUAUGAGGAGCCCCUCUCCUCGGUGCCGUUGCUGCACCUACCGCAGUUGGUGCCGUUCUGGUUACUCGUCUAAGUCUGCCCUUGUGAAAGCAUGUCAGCUUCUGGCCCAUUCUGUGGAUUCUGUGGGCGUUUGGCUGUUUCUCUUGAAUGAGCAAUAGUGUAGCUUUUCUACGUGUGACCAGCACGGGGUGGACAGGUGCGGGAUGGAGAAAAGCCACUCUGUCCAUGAGGCUUUUUCUCCUCGGCCUGAACUGUCCCUGUCUUCCUACCUCUAUAGCAAGCCCAAAGUGUCUUUUCAGGAGGGCCAGUGCCCCCAGGCUGCUGCCCACACACGCACAGUUUCCCAGGCCUCGGGCAUAGUUCUCAAGCUCAGUAAGUGAGCCCAGGGCCUCUCUGGCUGCACCUGCUUUUUUUUUUCCCCAGUGUUGUCUGGACCCCAGGCUCUUGGCAGAACAGGAAGUUGGCCGCAUGUGCUGGCAGCUCUGUUACCUAGCACACAAGCACCUGCAUCCGCAGGUUUUCUGCAACACUUCAAGCUUGCAUUAGUGCAGAAUCCCGGGGAGACGCUCAGGCUUCCAAUGAAACAAAUCUGACUUUUUCAGAGCAAAGCCUACUUGGCAAUUGGCCUUGUCUAAGGAAACUACCUUGGGUCUGAAGGGUGGAGCCUCAGGAAGGGGCACAGCCAGAGGCCCAGAUCCUCCUGGUUUUGCCUUGAGGCCCUGGCUCCCAAGCACUCAAAAGUGCUAUCAGUUUGCCCUAUGCUCAGGGUAUGCCCGGGUACCUCCUACUCUGUGCACCCUUAUGCAGAAGCCCCAGUAGAGGAUAUCAGGUCACUACUGCAGGGAUCGCAGAGUUGCUAAGUCUGCCUCUGGCUUUACUCCUAAACACAGUCAAGGGGUCCACUUCCUGUUGUUGGACCAACUGACUCAUGGAUAACAUUCCUGAGAGGAAUGAAAUGACUUUGUCUUUUGCCUGCUCAGUAAUGAAGUAUAUCAAUAGGCCAUAAAAAAUAGAGAUAUUAUGCUGUUGUCAGAAUAGGUCGUGUGCAGUGUAACUUGUGGUGGCAUGACCACAGUGUGCUGAGUUUGACAGUCAUACUCAAAACAACCUGUGUAGAAAAGAUUAAGGUUAAGGCAGCAACUGCCGUUAGCUUUUCAUUUACAAAGUUCAACAUGUCCAGUAAUUUUUUUUUUUUCAUUUUAAAGUUAUGUUAUAUAGCCAAGUUUUGUGAAGCAGCAGGCAGCGGUAGUAGAAACAUCCGCAGCAUUUUCACGCUAGCUACCCAUCCUCAGGGACCAGUGAGCAUCCUGGAAGCACAUGUAAUUCCUGCCGAAAUUACUCCCGGGGCAGAGGGCAACCUCUGAGUGCUGGGUUUACAGGUGGGCACUGCUGUGCCAGACCAAGAUUUUUGGUUUUAUUUCUUAUGCGCACAACACAGGGAGGCUCUGCCACAUGAAGGAGUACGUUUAGGAUGCCAUCGUUGUCCUUGAUGUGUGUUAUUUCCUCUAGUAAAAUUGCCGGGGAGGCCAGAGAAGCAGAUCUUAGUGCUGGUGACCUAAACAGCACUUGAGAAGAUGAUGGUCUUAGGAGUGUGGAUGUGGUCAUUUUUACAGUUUAAUUUCAAACUUUCUUUUUUCUCCCAGCUCCCCAGGAGCUCUCGUGUAUCCCAUGUGGCCCCACACUGGUGGUCGUCCUGCCUCAUCCUCCCUAGUGCUGGGACACAGUCCCCUUUCCGAACUGAAGCACUGGGAGCCUGAGGGCUCAGGAAGCAGUGGCCUCCCUGGGAAGUAGGUUUGUGUUCUCUGUGGAUCACCAACUGCCCACAGUGUAGUUUGUUUACGAUCAAAUUGUAUUGGUUUCUCCAGGGCUUGUCGGUACAAACCAAAGCCAAGAGCAAUUAAAAGAAAUAUGUUUUUAUCCUCAA